AGCAAUGGCGGCAGAGGCUUCGUCGGCCGGGCUGGCUUCCUGUCACCUAGUGGAGAGUAAGAGUGGAGCGCAGGGUGCUUCGGGGUGCCAGUGCACUCAGUGUGGAAGGAAGGUGUCCGUUGUCUCCGGUCACCACCUCAAGUUUCCAUGUGGACAUGCCUUUUGUGAGCUGUGCCUGUUAGCACCUCAAGAAUAUACCACAAGUAAAUGCACUGACUGUGAGGUUCAUACAACUGUCAGUAUUAAUCAAGAUCACUACCCAGUAGAUGGAUUUAUUAAAGAAGAUUCCUCGCUGGAAGCAUUGCAACCUAAAAUGGUAAAUAACUGCUCUUCAGAUCUUGAAAAGACAGUGGACCAGCUAAUUAAUGAUUUAGAACAUUCAUCCUCCAUACAUAGGAAUGUUUCAAGCCCAUCAGCUGUAAUGUCGGAGACAGAAGAAAUUGAUGAAGCACUGAAGAUAGCAGGCUGUAAUUUUGAACAAUUAAGUAAUGCUAUAAAAAUGCUUGAUACCACACAAGAUCAAACAAGACAAGAGACACACAGUCUAACAGAGGCUGUGGAGAAACAAUUUGAUACACUUCUUGCUUCUCUUGAUUCCAGGAAAAAGAGCUUGUGUGAAGAACUUGUAAGGCGUACAGAUGAUUAUUUAUCAAAAUUAGUAACAGUUAAAAGCUACAUUGAAGAGAAAAAAAGUGAUUUGGACGCAGCUAUGAAGAUAGCAAAAGAACUCAAAUCUGCUCCUUCCCUGAGGACCUACUGUGACCUGACUCAGAUUAUCCGGACUUUGAAGUUAACAUUUGAAAGUGAAUUGUCACAAGUUAGUUCCAUAAUUCCAAGGAACCCCCCCAGGUUGAAUAUCAAUUGCAGUGAGGCUAUCUGCAUGUUCAGCAGUAUGGGAAAGAUUGAAUUUGAGGACUCAACAAAAUGUUACCCUCAAGAAAAUGAAGAUUCACAGAAUGUUAAAAAGAAAUUUAAUAGUAAAAAGGAACUCUGUUGUGAUGUAUACUCAUCACUAGAAAAGGAAAAGGUAGAUACUGCUGUCCUGGCUGAUGAAGCACCUGAACCUCCUUUGCAAGCAGAGGCCCCUGACAGGCAUUUAGACGGGAAAAACAAGCAGCCAACGAGAGAGAUGGUUGUGGUGUCAUCUCCUAAGACUAUCGCUGUACUGCCUCAACUGGGAUCCAGCCCUGAUGUGAUAAUUGAAGAAAUUAUUGAGGAAAACCUAGAAUCAUGCUUCACAGAUGAUCCUAUAGAGACUUCUGGAUACCCAAAAAAGCCCCCUCAGAAAGAGCCGUCUGCUCCUGUUGGAUCAAAAGCAGGUUGUCCAGAGCUAGUUUUUGUAAGUCAUGUAAUACAUCCUUGCCACUUCUAUGUACGGAAAUAUUCACAAAUAAAAGAUGCAACAAUAUUGGAGAAGAAGAUGAAGCAAGUUUGCAAUAAGAGCUUACACCUUGAUCCUUCAGACAUUUUGGAAUUAGGUGCAAGAAUAUUUGUCAACAGUAUUAAGAAUAGAAUGUGGUGUCGAGGAAUUAUCACUGAAAUAAUCCCAUCAAAGACUAAAAAUAUUAGAAAACCACGUAGUCCAACCAAAUUCUCAGUCUGUGAAAUUUCACUAAUACAGAUAUUCAUGGUAGAUUUUGGAAAUUCUGAAGUCCUGAUCAUCACAGGAGUUGGUGACACACAUGUGGGACCAGAGCAUGAUAGUGAGCAGCAUAUUACACUAAGUGACUUCUGUCUGCUUCUAAGGAAGUCUGAACCAUAUAGUGAAGAACUGUUGAAAGACAUCCCACAUUUAGCACACCUGUGCUCCUUGAAAGACAUCGUUCCAUACAAUUCAACUGAGGGCUGGGAAAAGGAGGCAAAAGUGGAAUUUUUGAAAAUGGUAAAUAAGAAGGCUGUCUUAAUGAAAGUUUUUGGAGAAGAAGAUGAUGUCCUUAUUGUAGAUCUUCAGAAACCACCAACAAAUAAAAUCAGCAGUGAUAUGCCUGUGUCUCUCAGAGAUGCAUUGGUUUUUUUGGAACUGGCAAGGUUUAGGUCACAAUCACCAAGAAGUCACAGUGAAAAAAAUAUAACUUUAUGCUAUCAUCCACCCAUUUUGCCUGAAGAGAUGACUGAAGUUUCAGUCAUGGUUUGCCAUAUAAAUAGUCCUACUGAUUUUUAUCUUCAGCUGAUGGAGAACCUGGACUUUUUAUCUCUUUUAAAAACAAUUGAGGAAUUCUAUAAAGGUGAAGAUGGAGAAAAUCUGGAAAUCCUUUGUCCUCUUCAGAAUCAAGCCUGUGUAGCUAAAUUUGAAGAUGGAAUUUGGUAUCGUGCAAAAGUGAUCGGAUUGCCUGGACAUCGGGAAGUAGAAGUUAAAUAUGUGGACUUUGGUAAUACUGCAAAAAUAACACUUAAAGAUAUGCGGAAAAUAAAGGAUGAGUUUUUGGAACCCCCAGAGAAGGCAGUUAAAUGUAAACUGGCAUAUAUUGAACCAAGUAAAAGAUCGCAGUGGUCCAAAAAGGCUAAAGAAAAAUUUGAAGAAAAGACUCAAGAUAAAUUUGUGACAUGUUCUGUUAUUAAGAUUCUGGAAAAUAAUGUGCUCUUGGUUGAGCUUUUUGAUUCUCGAGCUCCUGGAAAAAGUGCUAUUAGUAUUAAUGACCAGCUCGUGAAAGAAGGCCUAGCAUCUUAUGAAGCAGGAUAUACCCUCAAAGAUAAUUCUAAAAAGCAUAUUGAAGUAUGGGAUCCUUCUCCUGAAGAAAUUAUUUCAAGUGAAAUAAACAACUUAAGUCCUUUAUCUGUAAAAUCUCUACCUAAUGAGGAUUUCCAGUCAUUGUAUAACAAGGAGCUGCCUGUGAACAUAUGUAAUGUAAUAUCUCCUGAGAAGAUUUAUGUUCAAUGGUUAUUAACAGAAAACUUACUCAAUAGUUUAGAAGAGAAGAUGGUAGCAGCAUAUGGUCACUCAGAAUGGAAGCCUGUUAAGUGGGAGUGUGAUAUGCAUUGUGCUGUUAAGGUCCCAGCUAAAAAUCAGUGGCAAAGAGGCCAGAUCAUCAGAAUUGUUACAGACAAACUGGUAGAGGUCUUGCUAUAUGAUGUCGGUGUUGAACUAGUAGUGAAUAUUCACAGCUUAAGAGAACUUCAAGAAAAUCUAAAGACAAUUGGAAGAUUAUCUCUGGAAUGUUCACUUGUUGAUAUAAGGCCAACUGGUGGAAGUGACAAGUGGACAGCAACAGCUUGUGACUGUCUCUCAUUGUACCUCACGGGAGCCAUAGCAACCAUAAUCUUACAGGAAAGCAACACAACGUGGCCAUUACCUGUGAAAAUUUUCUGCCGAGAUGAAAAAGGAGAACGUGUUGAUGUUUCUAAAUAUUUGAUUAAAAAAGGUUUGGCUUUGAGAGAAAGAAGAGUUAAUAAAUCAAGUAACGGCCAUUCACCUGAGAAGUCUCUGGAAAUACCCCUGGAGCAAGGAGAUUCGGUAGUUACUAAGUGCUUUAAAAUUAACGUUGAUACUAACAAGAAACUUGCUGAUAUAGUCAAUGAACAGAAAGUACCUGAUUCUAAGGAAAAAAAAUCAGAAAGCAGAAGCACCGGCUGCUAUAGACCACCAGCUAUUCCUAAUACGAGUUCAUUUGAGGCAAUAGUGAGCUGCAUUGGUGACGAUGGAACUAUAUUUGUAGUGCCUAAAUUAUCAGAGUUUGAGCUCAUAAAAAUGACGGAUGAAAUUCAGAGUAACUUAAAGUGCCUUGGUCUUUUGGAGCCGUAUUCCUGGAAAAAGGGAGAACCUUGUGCAGUGAGAGGAUCCGAUACUUUGUGGUACCGCGGCAAAGUUAUGGAAGUUGUGGGAGGCACCAUCAGGGUCCAGUAUUUAGAUCAUGGGUUCACUGAGAAGAUUCCACAGUGUCAUCUGUAUCCUAUUUUGCUAUAUCCUGAUACACCCCAGUUUUGUAUUCCCUGUCAGCUCUAUCAGACUUUACCGGUUGGGGAUGCCUGGCAGCCAGAUGCCAUAGAGCUGCUUCAGGAGCUGCUUUCAAAGAGAGAGGUGGACAUUCACAUUAUGGAAUUGCCUGACAAUUCAUGGGGGAAGUUGGCUGUCCAUCUCUAUUUUGAUGGGAUGUCACUUUCUUAUUUUAUGGCCCAUCAUAAAUACUGUAUUUUUGAACAUACCGAGGAGAUAUUUAAAGAAAAACCAAGAGGUCAGAAUAAAAUGUAUGAAGAUAAAAACUGGAAAAUAAGAUUUGAGGACUUGCUUUUGCCUGAAAUGGAGGCUCCCGUUUUACCACCAUAUCUGUCUUCACUUCUGCCUCCACCAGAGGAGCUGUAUGCUGUGCAAGUGAAGCACAUUGUCUCACCGGAUGAAGUGUAUAUUUGCCUUGACUCUGGAGAAAGCUGUACUCAGUUUAACCAUCAUGGUGACGCAGAUGACAGUGGAGUCAGCUGGGAGUCAGAGUCAGAGAACCUGGAGGAAGCGCUGCAGAGAUUUAACAAGAAUGUGGAGACCUUUCCUCCCCUGACGGAUUUUAGCUCAGAGAUGCCUUGCCUUGCAGAAUAUGCUGAUGGUUUAUGGUAUAGAGCAAAGAUUGUUUCCAUUAAAGAAUUUAACCCUUUAUCUGUCCUGGUACUGUUUGUUGAUUAUGGUUCCACAGAGAAGUUGACAAUAAACAGACUCCGUCAAAUUCCUGUUCAGCUUAUGCAGUACCCAGCCCAAGCCAUAAAGGUGCUCUUGGCAGGGUUUAAACCUCCCUUAAGUGACUCAGGAAAAACAAGAAUACCAUACUGUCCCAAGUGGAGCAUGGAAGCCUUGUGGACUAUGAUAGACUGUCUCCAAGGAAAACAACUUUAUGCUUCUUCUGUGGCUCAGGCACCAGAACAAAUAGUGACAUUAUAUGAAGAUGAACAAUACCCAGUUCACAUGUCCUUGGUAGAAAUGGGUCUUGCAGAUAAAGAUGAAUGAUGUGCACAAGAGCUCCUGCAGCUGUCCAGAAAAAAAGGUUUCUGUUAGAUCUGUACCACUUCAGGUUUGAUUUUAACUUGUUCUGCAGUGGUAUCAGUUUUUUCCUCCUUUAGUCUUACUUGGUAAAUUGUUAAGAAAUGGUGUGGUGAAAAGUUUAAUAUUUUCUUUAAAACGUUUUUGUUUUUACUGUCCUUUCAAAAUAAAAUUUAGUCAUAUAGAAA